AUAUUCCAGUUUGGUAAGAAACACUUGACGGGUUUUCCCUCUUAACCAACAUGUACAGGAACCUGUCUCUGAAAACACCUCUCUGUAACAAAAAAGGCUCAUAUUAUUUCAGAACAGUCAUAGGGGAUGGAGUUACUUUAAAAAGAAACCCCGGAUGUAAAGAAGAGCGCGCCCAAGGCUCCAAUAGGACAAUAGUUGUCACAUGACUCGGCGGAAUACUCUAGUUUACACUUCCGGUAAAGAGCGGGCGCGAGUAGAACGUUCCGGCUGCGUUGCCAAUGUGGCGGCUCCUAGUUUUUAGCCGAAUCUCCCUUCCCUGAGACAUCGACAUGCGACACCGACUUCGAGACCGUGCUAAUCGAACUCUGGCCCCAGCACAAGAACUCCGACCGGCCCGCAGGGCUCAGGUGAGAGCCAGAAAAGUGACGGGUGCCGAGGGAAGACACAGGGGCCAGCAGCCAAUGGAAAGCCAAUUCCAUUGUCACUCAGACAAUGCUGUAAGUGAUGAGGCUGCAGCCGGGGGAGAGUGUAUCGAGUUGGACAUAGAGGGGGAGGGAAGUGCCGGCUGGUGGGAGGAACACGAAGCGCCACAUGAGGAGGAACCGUUUGCAGAACUUUUGCAGCAACUGGUGGGUUCUGUGGACUUUGCUAUUCCUGCUGACGGCACCGCCCUGGCGGACACCUGGCCCAGCAAAAUGGCGCCUGACUCCACAAACAUGGCCGCCGCGUCUGGGAAGAGGGCGACAGGUCGUUGCCAAGACAACAGGAACGCCUUGGCCGCACGCCUUAACCGCCUACGCAAGAAGGAAUACGUGCACGGGCUGGAAAACCAGGUGGCGCGCCUCUCCGAAGAGAACAAGGAGCUGAAGCACGAGCGGAAGUCUCUCUGCUCCCGGGUGCGCGAGCUGGAAGGGGAGGUGCGCUACUUGCGGGCGGUGCUGGCCAAUGACAGCGCGCUGUCCCUAGUUCUCAACCGUCUGACUGGACUGGGAGGGACACGCCUAUCCACGUCACUUUUCUGCGAUCCGUACGGAAGUGGAGGAGACCACGACUACGCCUUGCCUCUGACAGCUGCAGAGCGCGACCAGGAAGUGAAUGACGGAGGAGGAGGAGGAGUGUGUCUGCACGUGGACAAGGACAAGCUCUCGGUGGAGUUCUGUGCCGUCUGCUCCAGGAGCGCCUCUUCUGCGGACAAAAUUUUCUUUUUUAGGUGGUUUCUGGCCUUUCUCUGCUGCCGCAGUUAAAGAGCAGUCGCUUUCCGUCCUCGCAGCCUGUGGAUUCAGCUGUAUUGGGGAGAAGACUCGGGACCAGCUGCUGGCCACAUUCCCUGCUUUGUAUUAUAAGGUAGUAUGGUACAAAUGGAGACUGAGGUAAUAUCAGGGUUUUUUUUUUUUUUAAUAUGUAUUUACGGAGCUCUGUUUGUAAUGAGGCUUAUUCUUUGCAGUUCUUAAGAUGUAAUAUUCUAUAUAUAAAAUAUGGACAACUGUGUAGGAUGUAACAUUGAGUAUCUGCCUAGUUCAGUGGUGUGUGCAUAUACAUAAUACAUUUAUAUUUCCUCCAAAUUAGAUCUCCAUUGGAUCCAUGUCAAUUGCAUGAUCUCGUUAGGUGGUCAUACACAAUAAGAUCUGCUACUUUUGCAAGGUCGCCCCAAUAUGGCCACCAACUAAUGUUCUUCUGCUUAGGAAUAAAAUUAGAAACAUUUCUCACAUCUUUCCUAAGCAGAAGAACAUCAGCCUCUUUCUUUCUCCUGACAACUUCCUUGACUACUUGCUGGUCAGACUGGUGGGAAACU